CCCACUCCCACGGCCCCCCGUAACCGGAAUCCGGUUUCCGAUCCCCAGCCCGCGGACCCCGCGACCACCUCGCUCCCCCGGCUUCCCGGACCCGGAUUUGCAGACCCUUUAAAGGGUCCCCGUUGCCCUUCGCUGGGCCCUGCAGAACGGAAGGGGGGGUCCUGGACUUCGGUUCCAGACCGUGGGGAUCGGGAUGGUUUUCGUGCAGAUCCGAGAGGCCAAGGAGGGAGACUGUGGACAUAUUCUGAGGCUGAUUCGGGAACUAGCCGAGUUCGAGAAACUUUCGGAUCAGGUGAAGAUCCGUGAAGAAGACUUGAGGGCAGAUGGCUUCGGAGAGAAUCCUUUCUAUCACUGUUUGGUAGCAGAGAGCCUUCCGGGCCCCGGGGAGUCACAGGGGCCCUGUGUGGUGGGCUACGGGCUAUACUACUUCAUCUACAGCACAUGGAAGGGGCGCAACGUUUAUCUGGAAGACAUCUAUGUUAAGCCGGAAUACCAGGGACAGGGGAUUGGUUCCAAAAUUAUCAAAAAGGUGGCUGAGGUGGCCUUGGACAAGGGCUGUUCCCAGUUCCGCCUGUCAGUCCUGGACUGGAACAAGAGGGCCAUGGACUUGUACAAGGCCCUGGGAGCCCAAGAUCUGACUGAAGCUGAGGGCUGGCACUCCUUUCGCUUCGAAGGAGAGGUGAUGAGGAAGUUGGCAGGAAAGUGACUUCAUCCCUUGGGGAUCUGGCUCUAUUUGAGCUUCUCCUUCCCCACCAGUUCAAGCACUCUGAGUAUCUCCACGGCCAAAGGCCUUCCAGAAGGAAAGAAGAGUUAGGGGUGCAUAUUCCUGAAGCACAUAAAGAGCCAGAAUUGAGGGAAAGGUCUUUCCACCUCCUUACUGAGGCUGAAAAAUAAAUGAUAAUUACUAUGUCUUGA